CCAGGCAACUCCAGGCGCUUCGGGAACCUCUCCCAGUCCUGCCGCCACGCCAUCGCCCGCUGGGAAGACAGCACCAUCCACUCCCACCUGCAAAACAUCACCUACCGGGACGGCCGCCUGCGGGUCAACCAGGGGGGCAAGUACUACGUCUACUCCCAGAUCUACUUUCGCUACCCCAGCGACGGGGCCAGCGCCCGGGUCUCUGUCCCCCAGCUCGUGCAGUGCAUCAACUGGAAGACGUCCUACAGCCAGCCCAUCCUCCUGCUCAAAGGGGUCGGCACCAAGUGCUGGGCGCCCGAGGCGGACUACGGGCUCCACGCUCUCUACCAGGGCGGCCUGUUUGAGCUGAAGGCCGGCGACGAGCUCUUCGUCUCCGUCUCCUCCUUGUCCAUCGACUACAACGAC